AUGAACACCACAAACCCGAUACUCGGAGCGAUCAUCGACUGGGGGAAGAACCACCACAUCAAAGACAGAAUACGGCAGGCGUAUCAGCAACGUGGCGGGUGGGAAGGUUGGGUACAACUCGAGCUCGCCAUCUACCUCGAAGACUUUUUUUUAAACAACAAAUACCCUGACUGUGAGAUCAAGGUCACCCGUGAGGAAUACACCUAUGGCGAGACUCAGAAGAGAUCGGACAUCCUCUUUAUGACUACCAAAUCGGCCUACCAUAUCUUCUACAACGCCAUCGAGCUAAAAUGCGAGGCAAAGAAUACCGGGGCGGCGGGCUUCAAACUCGAAGUCAAGAAAGACUGCGAGAAGGUAGACAACGCGAAGCCCAAGGGAUCUUUCGCCCCAUGCACAACCUGGGUCGUUGCAUUCAGCACCACUCCGGACGCGAAUCUGUCUGACCUGAAGGUUGGCCAGCGAAAGCUGGAGAAGUAUAAGGACACGAUACCAAUCGUGCAGGAUUUGGAGAUCACAUUAUGGUGGGGAACCAGAGACGUGAAGGAGUCCCAGGUGAAAGAUGAGGACUCUAAGAUGGAAGAUAAUUGA